AUGGUACAGGAGAUGCUGCCCGACGAUGUGACCUGCGCGCGCGACGCCUAUGACGUCCUGAUGUCCUGCUGCAUCGAGUUUGUUCACCUCCUGGCGGCCGAGGCCAAUGAGAUCUGCGAGGCCGAGCAGAAGCGCACAAUCCUGCCGGAGCACAUUGUUGCGGCGCUCAAGCGCCUGGAAUUCGGCGAGGAGUUCCUGAAGCCCGUGGAGGAGGCCUUCCCCGAACACAAGAAGGACGCCAAGGAGCGGACAACCGAGCGGCGCAACCAGCGCGAGAAAAGCGUCGUCACCGAUGAGAUGCUCCGGCAGCAGCAGGCGCUGCUGGACAAGGCCCGCGAGAAGUUCUUCAAUUAG